UUUUGCAGUAACCUGCCAUGGGUGAAGAAGAAGACCAUUCUGUAGCUACCAGAACCGCCACAACCACAACCACAAACACAAAAUCAAACUCAAAGAAACUUACCCUAAUCCCAUUAAUAUUUCUCAUCUAUUUCGAAGUUGCGGGUGGUCCUUAUGGCGAAGAACCAGCGGUUCAAGCUGCGGGUCCCCUUUUAGCCCUUCUUGGAUUCCUCAUAUUCCCUUUCAUAUGGAGUAUCCCUGAAGCUCUCAUAACCGCCGAGUUAACUACCGCUUUUCCCGGUAACGGUGGUUUCGUCAUAUGGGCCGAACGGGCUUUCGGUCCAAUCUGGGGCUCUCUUAUGGGCACGUGGAAAUUCCUCAGCGGUGUCAUCAACAUUGCUUCUUUUCCCGUUCUCUGCAUCGACUAUGUCAAGAAAAUCUUCCCCGUUUUUGAUUCUGGUUGGCCUCGUUACGUGGCAAUUCUUGGGUCAACGCUUGCUCUCUCUUUUCUGAAUUACACUGGUCUUACAAUUGUUGGGUAUGUUGCUGUUUUGCUUGCAAUUGUUUCUCUUUCUCCUUUUGUGUUAAUGUCUCUUAUUGCCAUUCCAAAGAUUAAACCGCGUAGAUGGGUUAGUUUGGGCCAGAAGGGUGUCAAGAAAGAUUGGAACUUGUUCUUCAAUACCCUUUUUUGGAACUUGAAUUUUUGGGACAAUGUUAGUACUUUAGCAGGGGAAGUUGAUAGACCCCAGAAGACUUUUCCUUUGGCUCUUCUUGUUGCUGUGAUCUUCACUUGUGUUUCUUACUUGAUUCCACUCUUUGCUGUUACUGGGUCUGUUUCUGUGGACCAGAGUGAGUGGGAAACUGGGUUCCAUGCACAAGCUGCAGAGAUUAUUGCUGGGAAAUGGUUGAAAAUUUGGAUUGAAGUUGGGGCAGUGUUGUCUGCAAUUGGAUUAUUUGAAGCACAAUUAAGUAGCAGUGCUUACCAGAUUCUGGGCAUGGCUGAGAUAGGGAUUUUGCCUAAAUUUUUUGGGGUUCGGUCCAAAUGGUUCAAUACACCUUGGUUAGGUAUUUUGGUGUCUACUUUGAUAACAAUUGGAGUUUCUUACAUGAACUUCACAGAUAUCAUUUCCUCUGCGAAUUUUUUGUACAGUUUGGGCAUGCUGUUGGAAUUUGCUUCAUUUCUUUGGUUGAGAUGGAAGUCACCCACUAGAAACAGGCCUUAUCGGAUUCCUUUGAAGCUCCCAUUGCUUGUGAUAAUGUGUUUGAUACCAUCUGGGUUUCUGAUUUUGAUAAUGGUUAUAGCUACAAAAACUGUUUAUCUGGUUAGUGGUGUGAUGACCGUAGCUGGGAUAGGCCUUUUCUUCUUCAUAAAAUUCUGCAAGACAAAGAAAUGGGUUGAGUUCGGCAUUGUUAAUGAGGAAGCAGCAAAAGAUGACGACUUUGAAAGGGAUAUGUUAUGACUUUCAGUAAUAUCUGUAGUAUACACUAUAGUAGUUUCGGAGUUAUCUGUUA